AAAGCUCACACCCACUUUAACCACAAAAAAGAUAUUUAAAGCAUAACUUGUCUUGUUGUGCUUAAUCUUCACUCCACCUCGAUGGAUAACAUUGGUGAUGAUUAUAAAAAUUAUUGGGAAACAACCAUGUUCUUACAAUCGGAAGAACUCGAUAGCUAUUUCGAUGAGCCAAUUUCAUCGUAUUAUGAUUCAAGUUCGCCGGAUGGGUCACAGUCAUCGAUGGCAUCGAAGAACAUUGUAUCAGAAAGGAAUAGGAGGAAGAAGUUGAAUGAGAGGUUAUUUGCACUUAGAGCUGUGGUCCCAAACAUAAGCAAGAUGGAUAAAGCUUCAAUAAUCAAAGAUGCAAUUGAUUAUAUUGAAGAAUUGCAUAAGCAAGAGAGAAGAAUUCGAGGAGAAAUUUCAGAGCUUGAAUCUGGAAGAUCGUCAAAGAAGAAUAGUAGUACCGAUCUUGAAUUUGAACAAGAUGAAAGUUUUGAUUCAAAGCCUAAAAGAUCGAGAAGAUUUGAGAUGCAGUAUGGAUAUGAUUCUUCAGGAUCAACUACAAGAUCACCACCAUCUUCUUCCCCUGUUGAUGUUCUUGAGUUGAGGGUAUCUUCAAUGGGAGAAAAGACAGUGGUGGUGAGCCUUACUUGCAGCAAAAGAACAGACACAAUGGUAAAAGUUUGUGAGGUGUUUGAAUCUUUGAAUAUCAAAAUAAUUAGUGCAAAUAUCACUGCUUUCUCUGGGAGGCUUCUCAAGACAGCUUUCAUUGAGGCUGAUGAAGAAGAGAGGGAUCUUUUGAAGUUGAGGAUUGAAACAGCUAUAGCUUCUCUAAAUGAUCCAGAUAGCCCGAUGAGUUCUUAGAACAACAAUAGCUUGGAUUUUAACUAUGUUUCGCCUUCAUGUAAUGAGGAUGUAGUUUUUGAAGAGUGUUUUGUUCCACGUUAUUUCUACCUCGUUCUUCUUCUUAAAGUUUGGUCAUCUUUGACUGGCUAUUUAUGUAGUUUGUAGGUGGUGUUUUUCACAAGAAAUCUAAGUCAAUGAAAGUCUACCUUCAUGUCCCUUUCUAA